AUGGAGUUGUUUACAUUAAUGGCAAUGGAACAAUUUGAUCCUGUACAGCAACCCACUUACAAUGCUAUGGACUCUGAGAAUUUAGGUGAGUUUGAUAAACGUAUUCAGGUGUUAGCAUUUCGUUCUCUUUCAACAGAGAUUUUAUUUAUAUCUACAAAUCAACAUUGGCGUUUGAAUCGCUCGUUGGAUUGGUAUUAUAAUGAUCAUUUAUACAGAGCAAUAACAUAUGUUUUGUAUCAUGAAAGUUAUAGGUUGGGAAUUUUUACAGCUUUUUAUAAAAUAAUAUUGGUAGACAUUUCAAACAGUACGCUCCAUAGUCAUCGAUUGGGUAUAUCUAUUAUCUUCGGUGGUGAUAAUCGUGAAUUUUGUAACACCCCAUUUUUAGAUCUUGAAAUUAGACACAGUCUUUUUGAGUCUGCGUUAUGUCACAACAAAAAAUGA